CAUCUGAACCUCAGGAUGGACACAUCCAGCAUCACCGAUGCCUCCAAAGACACUCAAGAGAGACCCAAAUGGGACAAUAAGGUUCAGUAUUUACUGACCUGUAUUGGAUUUGCUGUGGGACUUGGGAACGUUUGGAGAUUUCCGUACCUGUGCCAGAUUUACGGAGGAGGUGCGUUCCUCAUCCCAUACCUGAUCGCUCUGGUGUUCGAGGGUCUUCCUUUACUUUAUCUGGAGUUGGCUAUUGGACAAAGUCUGCGUAUGGGCAGCAUCGGUGUCUGGCACUCAAUCUCUCCUCUGUUGGGUGGAGUGGGUGUGGCAUCUAUGAUCCUCUCGUUCCUGGUGGGAUUGUUUUAUAACACUAUUCUGGCCUGGGUUCUGUGGUAUUUCUUCCACUCAUUUCAGGAUCCUCUUCCCUGGAGUCAGUGUCCUUUAAAUGACAACCUCACAGGUUAUGUGGAAGAAUGUGUUCUUAGCACACCGGUGAAUUACUUCUGGUACAGAAAGACACUGAACAUCACACCAGACAUCGAGGAGAACGGCUCGCUGCAGUGGUGGCUUGUCAUCUGUUUGGCCUCUGCCUGGAGUAUUGUAUACAUUUGCUUUAUACGCGGCAUUGAAACUAUCGGCAAGGCCGUGUAUGUGACCGCAACAUUUCCAUACCUGGUGUUGACCAUCUUUCUGGUUCGAGCCCUCACUCUGCCAGGAGCUACAGAUGGUCUGAUAUAUCUCUUCACACCUGACUGGGAGAUUCUGAUGGAUCCUCGCGUGUGGUUGGACGCUGCCACUCAAAUCUUCUUCUCGCUGUCUCUGGCCUUUGGAGGUCUCAUCGCAUUCUCCAGCUACAACCCCAAAAAGAACGACUGCGAGCGAGACGCUUUGGUUGUAGGAUGUAUUAACAGUGCAACAUCUCUAUACGCCUCCAUUCCAAUAUUUGCCAUCUUGGGCUUUAAGGCCACAUCAAACUACAACAACUGUUUGAACAGUAACAUCUUAGAUCUGACAAACGCUUUUGACAUCGCAGACAAAAACAUCACGACUGAGAACUAUGACGGCUGGCUAACGUUUCUGAACGCAUCAGAUCCUGAUAAAGUGUCCAGUCUGAAUCUGAAAGAGUGCGAUCUCAAGAGCUUUAUGGAUCAGAGUGCUUCAGGGACCGGUCUGGCAUUUAUUGUGUUCACGGAGGCUGUGAUUGAGAUGCCCGGGUCACAGGUGUGGGCUGUGCUCUUCUUCAUCAUGCUCUUCAGUCUCGGCCUGUCCUCCAUGUUCGGAAAUCUGGAAGGCGUUCUGACACCCCUGCUGGACCUGCACAUGGUACCAAAGUGGAUGCCUAAAGAACUCUUUACAGGUCUGAUCUGUGUGGUGUGUUUCAUCAUGGCACUGAUCUUCACACUGGGCUCUGGAAACUACUGGCUGGAGAUCUUCAACAGUUACGUUGGUUCUGUUCCACUCCUCGUCAUUGCUUUUUUCGAGCUUGUUGGGGUCGUCGUUUUCUACGGCAUGAAUCGGUUUAGCGAUGAUAUUGAAUUCAUGACGGGACGCAGACCAAACAUCUUCUGGCGUGUGUGCUGGAUGGGAAUCAGUCCUCUCAUGCUAGUGGUCGUUCUGGUGGCUUACGUCAUCGUCCAGGUGCAGAAACACCCCACGUACCCCGCCUGGAACCCUGCAUAUGAAAAGUUCCCAAUGUUGGAGGAGAAGCCGUAUUCUGAUUGGGUGUUUGCCAUCUGUGUGCUGCUGAGUUCUGUCCCGGUGCUGUCCGUACCUAUUGUGGCCAUUUACAGACUGUUUAAAGGACAAACACGCUCACAAUCCAAACCCAACCUUCCAACCCCCUACAACAACCAAGCCUUCACACCUGACAGUCAUACAGAAGAGUCCUGACUCACGGGACUGAGAGGAAAACCUUCAGCGGUACCGUUACAAGCGUGCGAACUGAAGUGUGUCCACGUCUUUCUCUGAUGGUUGUAGAAGAGGAUCAUUCAUAGAAAAAACCUUGAGACUCCUCUCAGGACUAUAAACUUUCACAACCCUGAGAAGAAAACACAUUUAGUGAAGAAAGAAAUCUGAUGUCGUCUGAAUCUUAACAUUUUUAUUUUAAUUACCAGUAGGAGAAAACAGUGUGAAUAAAAGCAAUAGAACAGUAAAUAUUGAUCUGCAAAAAAUGUCUUUCUAAUUUAGUAUUUUUGUUUUGUUUUAAUACAAAUAUCUAAAAAAAAGAUUCUAGGUGCGCAAAAUGACCUAAGCAAAUAAGUUUAGUUUUUUAACAAAUGAUAUCAAAUUUAAGUAAAUUUGUGCAUAAAACAAGCUUAGCCCAUGGCAGAUUUUUUGCCUGUUUUAUGCACAAAUUCACUUAGAUGUGACUUAUUUUCUUAGGUCAUUUUGCUAAUCAGGAAGAAUUAAGAAUUAAGAAUUUUUGAAUAUUUGUACUGAAAACAAGACAAAAAUACUAAGUACAAAAGUAAUUUUUGCAGUGUGAACAGUGAAUAUUCUCCUAAAUAAGCCGAAAGAAGUAAUUUCUGUAAAUGAUUAAAUCAAAAGAAGAGUCAUUCACGAAAUUGUGCCAAGAACAGAGAAAGAGCAGAGAAAGAUUUCUUCAUUGGUGUCACUGAGUUUAAAUGAUCGUAUUAUUAAUAUUCUGUCAUGUGAAUACAUGCGUGUACUGUCAAAGCAAUGUCAACAAAACUAUUUGUGUCAUACAAGUCCUUUUUUAGUGUUAUUUUAAUAAAGUGUUCGUCUGUUGUUUAA